AUAUAUACCAGGACAUUCGUGAUUUAUCCCCUUGUACUGAAGCAACUUCAUUUGGAUAUCAGGAACUUGGAAAAAACUUGGAUAAUUUCGGCAAUUAUAAAAUUUCAUUGUUAAGAAUAUCGUCAGAUAAUUGCCGAAAUAAAGCCACUAUAACAACAAUAUUCGAUUUAUCUGGAUACGAGGAACUUAUAGAAACUUGGAAAAUUUUAGCAAUUAUAGAAUAA